AUGAUUUAUGAAGCUUAUGAUUGCUAUAAGAGCAUACUUAAUAUAGAUCCUAAUUAUGUUAAGGCUUAUAUCAGCCUAGCUCGUAACUAUUAUCUAGAUUAUAAAACUGAAGAUUCUAUCAAAUACCUCAAAAAAGCUAUAGAAAUGGAUGAAAAUUGUGUAGAAGCUUAUGAAAUACUUGGGUUUAUUUACUAGAAUAUAAGUAAGAAGGAGGAGGCUAUCAAAUAUUACAAAAAAGCUAUUGAAAUAGAUCCUAAUCAUUUUAACACUCAGUUUAACCUAGGGUUACUAUAUUAUUAAGAAUAAAAAUAUGAUGAGGCACUUACUUAUUUUCAAAAAGUCAUUGAAAUUAAUCCAAAAAGCCCUGAUUCUUAUAAUAACAUAGGACUUAUCUACUAUGAUAAAGAUAUGAUAACUGAAGCACUUGAGUAUUUUAAGAAAGCACUUCAUGUAGAUCCUUAAUAUCAAUAAGCCCAUCAUAACUCUGCGGUUAUUUAUCUACAAGAAAUCAAUCCUAAGUUUCUUGAAUCUCUGAUAAAUUUGGGAGAUAUUUGCGUUAAGUAGAAUUUGUUAGACGAGGGUAUUGAAUGCUUCAAAAAAAUAAUUUAAAUCGAUCCUUAUAGUCAUUAUGAUUAAUUUUAGUUAGCUUUAAUAUAUCAAAAGAAAUAUAUGAAUGAAGAAGCUGUCAAGGCAUAUAAAAAAGUUAUUAAAUUAAAUCCAUAGCAUACUAAAGCUCAUAUUAACUUAGCUGUAAUUUACUCUGACUAAAAAAUGCUUGAUGAAGCUCAAAACUGCUAUAAAAAAGCUACUAAAUAGAUCCAAAUUGCUAUAAUGCUUAUUAUAGAAAUGCAAAAGCUUAUAAAAAUAAACCCAAAACACAUCGACUCUUAUCUUUGUUUAGCAAUACUGAAAACAACUUAGAAAAGUUAUGAUGAAGCAAUAGCUUGCUAUUAAAGCAUAUUAGCAAUAGAGGAGAAUAAUAUAAAAGCCCUAAAUAAUUUAGGGGACGUUUAUAUCUUGUAAAAUAUGUUUGAUGAGGCCCUAGAUUACUUUAAAAAAAUAUUAUUGCUUGAUUCAAGUUAUUACCUCGCUUACUUCAACUUAGGAAUAAUAUAUGAAUCAAAAAAUAUGCUAGAAGAAGCCUUGGUAUAUUACAAGAAAACUGAAGAGAUGAACCCAAAAUUAAUUUCCAUUUUUGUCAGACAAGGAAAUGUUUAUUCUUAAAAGAAUAUGCAAUCUGAAGCUUUUGAGUGUUACAAUAAAGUCAAAGAUAGCGAUUUGAAUUCCUUAUUCGAAGAUGAUCUUUUUAUUUAAACUGAUAAAAUAGUUGAGUUUAUUGAAUGCUAUGAAAAGACAAUAUAACUUAAUCCAAAAUAUACUUAAGCUUUCUGUAACUUUAUCGUUUUGGUUUUUUAUUGGCACACAAGCCCGGUGUUGUAAAUAGCUAAUUCAUAGUUUGGAUUUAUUUCUAAGGCUUUGUUAAAAUUUUCAAGAGCUUAGUCAUAAAUUUUCUAAUUAUAAUACAUAAAUCCAAUACUAUUAAAUGUUGCAGCUUUAUUGACAUCAAUUUCUUAAGCUUUAGAAAAGCAUUCAAGAGCUUUUUCAUUGAUUCCAUUAGCAGAAUACAUGCUACCCAAUCCAAGAUAGGACUAUAUGAAAUCGUGA